CUUAGAGUGACAAAAUAAUGAAGUAAAAAUAAACUUGAAUAUAAAAUACAUAUUUCAGCAGAAGAAGCUGACAUCCAAAUAUGAGUUUUACACAACAUAAAAUCCUUUAAACCAAGACAGCAGCAGCUGGUGGUGUAGACAAGCUAAAGCAGUGCAAUGUAUUUCCAGUAGAAAUGCCUUUUACUUGAUCUGUAACAUUAACACACACAAAUGAUUUUGUGAGAUAAAUACAACAAAGCCUGAAAACUGACUGAAUACUUCUGGAGAUAGCAGGUGAAAGUGAGAUAAAUGUAUGUUUCUACUGUAAACUCAAACUUGACUUUGACCUGUCGUAAAGCAAACAGAGAGAACCACUCCCUUCUCUGCAACACAAAGUUCAGAUCUGAGAAGUUAUUUCCUGGUUCCUACCAUUUAAAUGUGAGGUUUUGGUACAAUUGCUGUACUGUAAAAAGCAGGAACUGACAACUGCUGAGUACGCAGAGCAGCGAGGAAUAAACAUGGAUUCAUCUAAAUGCUCUUGCUCCAUCUGUUUGGAUCUACUGAAGGAUCCGGUGACUAUUCCCUGUGGACACAGUUACUGCAUGAACUGUAUUAAAGACUGCUGGGAUGGAGAAGAUCAGAGGAGAAUUCACAGCUGCCCUCAGUGCAGGAAAGAGUUCAUACCAAGGCCUGUCCUGGAGAAAAACAUCAUGCUGUCAGAGUUGGUGGAGGAUCUGAAGCAGACUGGACUCCAAUCUGCUCCAGCUGAUCACUGCUAUGCUGGACCUGAAGAUGUGGCCUGCGAUUUCUGCACUGGGAGGAAGAUGAAAGCUGUCAAGUCCUGUCUGGUCUGUUUGGCUUCUUAUUGCAAAAAUCACCUUCAACCUCACUAUGAAUCACCUACAUUUAAAAAACAUAAUCUGGUUGAAGCGUCUACUGAACUUCUGCAGAACAUCUGCUCUCGUCAUGAUGAGGUGAUGAAGAUCUUCUGUCGUACUGAUCAGCAGUGUAUCUGUUAUCUCUGCACUAUGGAUAAACAUAAAGGCCAUGAAACAGUCCCAGCUGCAGCAGAAAGAGCUGAGAAGCAGAAGGAGCUCCAGGAGAGUCGACAACAAAUCCAUCAGAGAAUCCAGGACCAAGAGAAAGAUGUGAAGCUGCUUCAACAGGAGGUGGAGGCCAUCAAUGUCUCUGCUGAUAAAGCAGUGGAGGAUAGUGAGAAGAUCUUCACUGAUCUGAUUCGUCUCCUCCAGGAAAGAAGCUCUAAUGUGAAGCAGCAGAUCAGAUCCCAGCAGGAAACUGAAGUGAGUCGAGUCAAAGAUGUUCAGGAGAAGCUGGAGCAAGAGAUCACUGAGCUGAAGAGGAAAGAUGCUGAGCUGGAGCAGCUCUCACACACAGAGGAUCACAUCCAGUUUCUCCUCAACUACCCCUCACUGCCAGCACUCAGUGAGUCUACACACUCAUCCAGCAUCAACAUCCGUCCUCUGAGACACUUUGAGGACGUGACAGCAGCUGUGUCAGAGCUCAGAGACAUAAUGCAGGAUGUCCUCAGAGCCACAUGGAGAAACAUCUCACUGAAGGUCACUGACUUAGGUGUUCUAUUGUCAGAACCAGAACCAAAGAACAGAACUGGAUUCUUAAAAUACUCACAAGAAAUCACUCUGGAUCCAAACACAGCACAUAGAGAGCUGCUUUUAUCUGAGGGGAACAGAAAAGUAACAAGAAUGAAACAGCUACAGCCUUAUCCUGAUCAUCCAGAAAGAUUUUCCGUUCAUAAUCAGGUUCUGAGUAGAGAGAGUCUGACUGGACGUUGCUACUGGGAGGUGGAGUGGAGUCAGGGAGGAGUUGAAGUAGCAGUUUCAUACAAGAAUAUCAGCAGAACAGGAAGAUUAGAUGAAUCUAAGCUUGGAUUUAAUGACAAAUCUUGGGCACUGCGUUGUGACAGUUAAUGUUGCACAUUCUGGCACAACAAAGUAAGUACUUCCAUUAAAAGUCCAGUUUCCUCCAGAGUUGGAGUGUACCUGGAUCACAAAGCAGGUAUUCUGUCUUUCUACAGCGUCUCUGAAACCAUGACUCUCCUCCACAGAGUCCAGACCAGAUUCACUCAGCCUCUACAUGCUGGGAUUUGGCUGUUUAAUCAAGGAACUGCUGAGUUUAUCGCGGUUAAAUAGAGUAACUGAACAUACAUAACAAAACUUUUUUCUAGUCAAACUAACAGCUCAAAACAGUUUAACACUAAGUAUCCAUGCACCCAAAGUCACACUGAGAAGCUGGAAUUAAAUCCACAAUUUUUCUAAGUUACCUUUAGCUCCAACAUGACAUCUGUUCUAGUCCUGAUGACACAAUGACAGGGCAAUGCAGUUAAUAUUCAUGAAUUUCAUAUAAAGAUCAUUACACAAAAAUGUUAAAAUGUAAAAACACUUAAGGACAUUCUAAUUGUCAUUUUUAACUGACUGGGCUAUGCAGAGACUUAAGGCAAAAAUAUAUACACUUUUAUCUGUAAAUUUGGAGUCAGAACAAUGAGGGCAGGAGUUGUGUAAAUGUUCAUUUUUUGUCUGUCAUGUCACUGAUUCUUAAGUACACAAAUUGAAUUCUAUCUUUUCCACAAAAAGCACUUCAGUAUCCUUUUUACCAAACACAAAUGCAAGUCAGUGAAUGCAACUGGUCUGCUGAUGUGGGUCAAAACUUCCAGAUUCAUAAGCCACAAUGUGUUUUUGACACGCUGCACUUUUGAACCAUUAGUCUCACACACAGGUGGUGCAGGUGAAUCCCCAGCCUCUGUUGUGCUGGAUAUUUAUUUAAAGGAGGAAAAGGAGUUUUAUCUUUUCACUUUUGCCAAAUACAUGCUCAUCAUGAAGGAUUGCUAAAAAAAAUCACGUCAGCUGCCUUACUAAACUGAAAUUAACUGCAAUGUUUUGUAACUGGAAUGUUUUGUAACUGGAAUGUUUGUAAGAUUGGACUGAAUAUGAAUCGGAAUCUGUUUUGUAACUUGCCUUAAGAUUUGUUGUGAAUCGGUGCUAUUUUAUUAAACUGAAUUAAAUUGA